AUGCCACCGACGCGGGCUGCCUCGCUCGGCGGCCACGGUGGAAGGGCAGCACGGCAAUCUCGACAGCACCUUUGGCGUGGUAGACGAUCGUCUCCGCGGCGAGCACGACGCGCGGCUGCCUGCGCGCGCGCGCGCCGGAGUCCCUCGUCGUUCGUAGUCGCGGGCGGCGGCGCGCCGGCCGCGGCGACCGUCGGCCAUGAACGCCGCCACGUCGAAGAUGGGCACGGUGUCCGGCGACUCGCACUUCCUCGAGGAACAGAUGAACCCGACGCGCAUCAAGCAGUACCUCGACUCGACGCGGGACUACGACAAGGCCAAGGGCAUGAAGUGGCUCCUCGCCAUGAUGUCCAAGGGGCGCGGUUCCCGCGUCGACGCCGCCCCCGCCGCCCCGCGCGCGCGCGCCGCGCCGCUUUCGCUUUCGACCGCGCCCGCAGGCGCGACGCGAGCGACUUCUUCAGCGACGUCGUGAAGAACGUCGUGGCCAAGUCCGUCGAGGUCAAGAAGAUGGUCUACAUGUACCUGAGCCACUACUGCGACGCGAACCACGCGUGCCGCGAGAUGGCGCUGCUGUCGAUCAACUCGUUCCAGAAGGAUUUGGCCGCGUCGAACCAGCUCAUCCGCGCCAUGGCGCUGCGCGUCAUGACGUCGAUCCGCGUCGCCGACAUCAUCCAGAUCCAGCUGCUGGCCGUGCGCAAGUGCGCGAGCGACAGCAGCCCCUACGUGCGCAAGUGCGCGGCGAACGCGAUCUCGAAGAUCUACAAGCUGGAUCCGGACCAGGCGGAGACGCUCCACGGCCUCAUCGAGAAGCUCCUGCGCGACUCGUCGACCAUGGUGCUUGGAAGUGCCGUCCAGGCCUUUUCCGAGGUCUGCCCGGACAACUGGGCGCUCCUGCACCGCGCGUACCGGAAGCUCUGCCACCUGCUCGCGGACGUCGACGAGUGGGCCCAGAUCAUCAUCCUCAAGACGCUCGCGCGCUACAUCCGCACGCAGUUCGUCGACCCGGCGCCCGGCGCCGCGGACGCGGCCAAGGCGCUCGCGCAGCGGCGGUCGGCCGCGGGCGCGCAGGCCGCGCCGCGCAAGGUGAAGCGGCGCACGGGCCACCUCGACCCGGACCACCGCCUGGCCCUGCGGUCGUCGUUGCCCCUGCUCAAGAGCCGCAACUCGGGCGUCGUUUUAGGGGUGUGCACGCUCCACUACUACUGCGGCACGCGCGGCGCGGCGACGGGCGCGACGCUCGGCCGCGCGCUGGUCCGCAUCCUCCGGAACCGGCGCGAGAUCCAGUACGUCGUGCUCAAGUCCAUCGCGACCAUGGCCGCCGAGCGGCCGUCCAUGUUCGCGCCCUUCCUCAACGACUUCUUCGUCAAGGGCACGGACGCGCGGUUCAACCGCGAGCUCAAGCUCGAGAUCUUAGUAUCUUUAGCGACGCCCGAGAACGUGACGCCCAUCCUGCGCGAGCUGCAGACCUAUGUGAAGUCCAACGACCGCUCCUUCGUCUGCGACGCCAUCGCCGCGACGGGAAGGGUCGCGGACGCGCAGCCCGCGGUCGCCGACGACGUCGUCGGCGGCCUGCUCGCGCUCAUCGCGGCCUACAACAAGGACCCGAAGCCGUCCGACGCCGCCGUCGUCUCCGUGGCCAAGACGACGGAGGGGCUGGACGUGGCCAAGCCGUCGGCGAACGCGGCGGCGUCGAAGCUGUCCGCGGACGCGCGGGGCGCGACGGCGCGCGCGAACGUCGUCUGGCUCCUGGGCGAGUACCGGGCCGACGCGGGCGACCUGCUGCCGGACUUCGUGCGGUUGCUGGCGGGCCGCUUCGCCGGCGAGGACACGCUCGUGAAGAUGCAGGUCGUGAAUCUCGCGGUGAAGGCGCACGUCGCGGACCCGGCGGACGGGCGGCUCGCGACGCUCCUCCGCUUCGUCCUCGAGCUCGCGCGCUUCGACCUGAACCACGACCUCCGGGACCGGGGCCGCUACUACACGGCGCUCCUGGGGUUCUCGGUGGCCGGGUCGGAGCACGUCGACGAGGCCGCGCUCGCGUCGUUGAAGGCGAAGGCGCCGGCGCUCGUGUUGGCCGCGAAGAAGCCGCCGCUCACGCUCACGGGGCCCGUGGCGCUCGACGGGUUGCCGAACUUCGUCGUCGGCUCCCUGUCCAUCAUGGUGGGCCACGAGGUCGACGGCUACCAGGACCUGCCGGACUGGCCCGACGUCCCGCCCGACCCGGCGACGCGCGACCCGGCGACGCGCGCGCCCGACGACCCCCGCGACCUCACGGACGGCGGGCCCAUCUCGACCCAGGGCAUCUCCUCCGAGGACGCGCCCUUCUACGCCAAGGAGGGCAGCGACGACGACGACGACGACGACUCGGACGACUCGGACUCCGACGACGACGACGACGACAGCGACUCGGACGACGACGACGACAGCGACUCGGACGACGACGACGACGAGUCGUCCGACGACGACGACGACGACAGCGACGACGACGACGACGACGACGACGACUCGGACGAGUCCGAGUCCUCGGACGAGCCCGCCGCCGCGCCGCCCAAGGCCGCCGCGCCCACGGACGACCCCUUCGGCGUCUUCGGCGCGCCGCCGGCCGCGCCGGCCCCGGCCGCGCAGGACCUCAACCAGUCCAUCCUCAACAUGUUCUGA